AUGGUUAAGAUUCUUUAUAAAGGUAAUACUCAUACAGUAGAAAUUGAACUUACUAAACAAGUACGUGAAUUACGUUUUAAUAUUGAAAUAGUAACAGGAUUAAAAGCUUGUAGACAAAGAUUAUGGUAUCAAAAAGGAGAAGAAAAAAUUGUUCUUGAAGUUGAUAAAACACUUCAAGAAUCAGGAAUUACAGAAGAUACAUUAAUUGAAAUGAAAGAUCUUGGACCACAAUUACCAUUUAGAUUUGUAUACAUUUGUGAAUAUAUUGGACCAUUGGCACUUUAUGUUUUAAUUUAUCUUAUUUCAUUAUUUACAGGAUAUCCAAAUCUUCUUCAAAAUAAACUUGCAGUUAUUAUGUGGGUAAUUCAUUAUAUUAAAAGAAUUAUAGAAACUAUUUAUGUUCAUGAAUUUGGAGAUAUGACAAUGCCAGUAUUUAAUUUAUAUAAAAAUUGCACAUAUUAUUAUGGAUUUGCUAUUGCAGUUGGAAUUAAUGUUAAUUUCUUUGCAAGAGAAAAUUGUUCAUUUUUAAUUAUAAUUGGAUUAAUUGGAAUGAUUAUAUCUAUUAUUUCUAAUGGAUAUUGUCAUCUUCUUCUUAAACAAUUAAGAACACCAGGAUCACAAGAAUGGAAAAUGCCACAUGGAUUCCUUUUUGAAUAUAUUACUUGUGCUAAUUAUUUCUGUGAAAUUAUGACAUGGAUUUUCUUUAAUAUUAUGACAGGUUUUUCAUUGUUUGGUAUUGCAUUCUCAUGUUGUGGAAUUUAUCAAAUGAGAGAAUGGGCAUAUCAAAGACAUCAAAAGUAUCUUCAUAUAUUCCCAGAUUAUCCAAAGAGAUGGAUUCUUAUUCCAUUUAUUUAUUAA